AUGUGCAGUCCUCAGGACUUAAAUGAGGAGUUUGUGAACGAGGAUAGUAUUGAGACGUUGCCUGAUAUAAGUGCGGUUCUGCCUGUAAAAAAGGUGAAAUUUCCAAGAAACAUAGGCGCAUCGACGCCGUGUAGGAUGAGCGAAUUGUUAUGUGAUACAGGACAGUGUAUAUCUUUGGACAAGUAUUGUAACGGGGAGGACGAUUGCGGCGACAAGAGCGAUGAGCCGAAGUCUUGUACACCAUGCAACAGGACUUACAUGGGGGACGUCGGUCGUACAUACGAAUUAGAAGUGCGACGGCCACGCGAGGACCACCUCCCUUUCCUCUGUCACCUCAACUUCACAGCCACGGGAGGAAACUACGGAGACAUUAUACAGUUAACCUUUGACACAUUCACCGUUGGUAAGUUUGUGUCAUUCACCUCUGAUGGGUGUCCAGACGGACACAUGACGAUCGUAGAGCGAAGUCCGUCGCCACCAACGGGACAAUGGUGUGGCUCUGCAUGGGGCUACACAGUGUACUUCAGCGAAUCAGAUUCAAUAAACAUGACAUUAAGACUAGACAGACUAAGUCAACAGGGCGUGGGCUAUAAUUUCGAUUUCAAGUUGGCUUAUAAGUUUCUUCGCCGAAGCGAAGCCCGAUUGCGCUACGGAAACGCGACAGUAGGCGCCUGGCGGGGUGAACGGGUACAAGGGACAUAUUGCGACAGAAUACUGAGCGAUUGUGACCUUCGAGCCUGUCGCAUACAGUCGCCCAAUUUUCCGGGUGUAUAUCCACGCAACGCGACCUGUACAUACCGUAUUGAACAUACUAAGGUACCAGCUGAUAAACAUGUUUUACUAGUAGUGCGACAGACUAAUAGUCAUAAAAUACAUAUCAAAGACCAAAUAGUGAAAUACGAUAGAAGCCAACGUGUUUUGAAAAUUUGGGACCAGUGCAAUGUUGUUCAAGAUUAUCUCACAGUGUGGGACGGCCCCACCCGCGAUUCGCCCGUAUUGGUACGCCUUUGUGGAGGAGAUGCUGUACCUGAUAUUGUCAGUCGAGGUCCCAAUAUGUUACUAGAGUUUCAUACGUCGCCGUACGACAAUCCUUUUCACCCGGUACCGUUGAGCUACCUGCCAGGAUUCGAGCUUGAAGUACAGGUUCUGUACGUGGACAAAGAUUCGCAUUCGUACGUGCGCUCCGAUGGACGCUGUCGUUUUGUACUGCGCUCUUCGGACAAAACUAGUGGAGUAUUAAGAAAUCCGAGACAUUCACUACCCCCUAAUACAUCGUGUGUAUACUAUUUCCAGGGCCGGGCGAAUGAAAUAGUUUGGGUGUCGUUCGUGAAGUACCACUCAGCAGGAACGGAACCUGCUGGCUUCGACCAACAGAAGGAUUGUUCGUCACAAUUAACGAUAUGGGACGGUGCUGCACCAGACGCAGAUCUAGACAGAAAGUUGGACAUGAGCGAUAAAAAGUCACGACUUGGAUUGUUUUGCCGGGAAGAAUCGCCAAGGCUCUGCGACCACGCUCUUCUGUCCAACGCAACAAGAGCUACGCGGCCAUGUGCACCCUCUGAAAGCUAUAUCACCACUGGAAACGCACUCACUAUUUUACAAGAACUUCGACAGGGAUCAGCACUUUACCCAGUAUCAUUUGUUCUUCGUUACGAGUUUGUAGACGUGAGCGAACAAGGUCAGCCAUUGGCAGACUCACAGUCUGCCUGCGACAGAGUUUUUAAAUCUGCUCAGACUUAUUCGGGCAGAUUUCAAGCUCCUCGUGCUAUAUUUUACUAUGGGAGAGGUGGCGCCCAAAAUCUUACUUGUAUUCUCAGAUUCGAAGCAAAACAAGGUGAAAGAAUUCAGUUGACCUUUACAAAUACUUAUUUUGGAAAUAAAUAUUGUAAUACCCACAAAGAUCCGCGCACUAGUCGUUGGAAAUGUGAUAGGCCUAUGAAAAGAACUUUCGGUGGAGAGGGACUUGCUCAAAUUAUCAUAACAGAAUAUCCUUGGGAGGGAGUUCCUAUUGAAAGAGAUUGUAUUUGUACAAAUAGAUCUGAACCGUUAAAUAUACAUACGCUAACAGCUCCGGUAGUAGAAGUUAAUUUUACCGUGACAAUGAUGAACAUUACAGAAGACUACGAUGAUUUUGCUUUUGAAGGCGAAUAUAAAUUUGUUCCAACAGGACCCGGUGAUGAAACCGUAUGUUCCUCAGGAUGGGGGAAAAGACGGCUAAGAGGAAGCAGUGGUGAAAUCAGACUCUUUGAUAAACGACAAGUGCCUAUAGCACCAGAAAUUAUUGGAGACAGACAUGUUAUCUCAGAAAGUGUCAGAGCUGAAGUUGCUUGUGUUCACAGACCUUGGCUAAUUGAGCCUGGAGGUGAUGAAGUAACUCCAGUACAAGGCAGAUAUUUAUAUUUUAAAAUCCCAGGAUACGUAGUGACAUCUUCUUCACCUUUCUGUCCUACUCCAAAUCGAUUAUUCAUUUACGAAGCUCAUGAUACAUCAAAAUUUAAGGAAGUGUGUCCCGACGACACAAGCGUCAUAGAAUUAUUUUCACCGGGAUGGAAGUCAUCUCAAACUACGUUGGAAACAUCUCUAAAACCUCAUGCUCGCAGUUAUGUUAUUGAUUUUCUGCAACACGAACAGGCUGACUAUUCGAUUAAAUGGAUUGAACUAAUAAAGAAACCUUCUUUUGAACACGAUUCUGAGUCAACGAAUAUAAUACCAGCACCAGUUUCAUUAGAAUGUCGUUAUAGCUGCCCGGAAUUAAAUGCUUGCAUUCCUAUAGCGCUAUGGUGUGAUGGAAGUCCUCAUUGUCCUUCAGGCUAUGAUGAAGAUGACUCUAAUUGCUCAUUCAGAAUAUCCUUACCUCCACCCUACAUAGCAGCUGCUGCUGGAGCUGGUUUACUUUUAUGUGCAAUUAUUGUCGCUCUUUGCGCAUGUCGCAGGCGACGAAGAAAAGACAAGGAGUUCAAAGCCAGGUUAGAUGGUGCUCUGCCUCCAGAAGAAAGACCAUUUGACCGCGCCAAAACAAACGGUGUCCCAGAAGCAGCGCGUCAAUAUGCAACAGUGCAAAAGUACGCUACAAUAGAUAAAUACAGCUUAAGUCAAAAAUACAGUGCAGGGUUGAACGAUGCUCGUUAUUAUGACGAGGUAGCUCAAAGAGACAAGCUCGCGGACACAAGGUACGCUAGCUUAGGUCGCGGUGGUCGAGGUUUGCGAGUAGAAAACUCAAGAGGCAAUGGUUCCAGAAGAGCUAUGCCUGAUUUGGGCUAUCCGGAUUUAAAAGAUGGUUUUUGUUGA